GUGGGCGGCGGGCCGGGGGCCGCGGCGGGAGCGUGCCCGGGUCGCCGUGGCACCGCGAGCGUGUCCCUGUCCCUGCGGCACCGGGAACCGCACCGGGAGCGUGUCCGUGCCCCUGCGGCACCGGGGGCGGUGGGAGGCGCGGGCCCCGUAAGUACGAGCUCCGCCUGCGGAGCGGGGGAGCGCGGUGAGGGGCUGCCCGUCCUGAGGGAGAGCGACAGAACCGCGGAGGCGGGAGUGGAAAUGAGCGCUGGCGGUAACGAGUGCCCGGCCGGUGCUUCGGGUUGGGAUCGUUAGCGAAAGGGCGAAGGGUGUCGGUUUCAUUGCUCCUCCUCGGAGCAUCUGGUCCGUGGCCGAAACUGGGUCGUCUUGUGCAGCUCAGGACUUUCAGGGAGUCCGUGAGCGUGUGUGGGGAACCCCUCAUGGAACAUCACAGGCAGGACUUGAGGCUGUGAUCGUGCAAGUUAAAGUCAUAUUUUGUGACAUUUGAAGAGCAAACAAUACUAUGGCUCCAUGAAUUUCAAAACUGCAGGAAGUGUGGCAGCCCUCUCUACCUCCAGCUUUACUUCCCUACUGUGAUGUUCUUACUGGGAGCUGUGCUUUCAUCCCCACUGGAUAUGCAGUGACCUGCCUCGGCAUCAGAGCAGAGGAAGCUGUUUGUGGAUCAGGGAAGCCAUGGCCUUGGGCUGGAAUGUUUUUAACCUCUUCUAUAAGUUCAAAGUGUUGGUGCUUGUCACUUUAUUUGUGAUGGUGCUAUGGACCACAUUCAGUUACUUAGUGGAUACCAGACAAGAAAUUCCUAAAGCUAAGAGCAUGGUGGAUUUUUUCAGGAAGGUAACUAGCCUGGAGCACAGUCAAAAGGAAGAGAAGAUUGAAUCCACUGCAGAUGUUCCCAUGGUGAAUGCAUUUCAGGAUCCCUGCCCAGCUCUGUCUCCGUACCUGCGAGGUGCCAGCAAACUCUCCUUCAAACCAUCUGUUACACUGGAAGAGGUGCAAAAGGAGAACCCUCAGGUAGCCAAGGGCCGGUACCACCCUGUGGAGUGCUCAGCCCUGCAGCAUGUGGCCAUCCUCAUCCCACACCGCAACCGGGAGAAGCAUCUGCUGUACCUCCUGCAGCACCUCCACCCCUUCCUGCAAAGGCAGCAGCUGGAUUAUGGCAUCUAUGUCAUUCACCAGGCUGGCAACACCAAAUUUAAUCGAGCCAAACUGCUGAAUGUAGGAUACCUAGAGGCCCUAAAGGAAGCAAACUGGGACUGUUUCAUUUUCCAUGAUGUGGAUCUGGUACCAGAAAACGACUUUAACAUUUACAUGUGUGACACACAACCAAAGCACCUUGUAGUUGGCAGGAACAAUACUGGAUACAGGUUACGGUACCGAGGGUAUUUUGGAGGUGUAACUGCUCUUACAAGAGAUCAGUUUUCCAAAGUGAACGGAUUCUCUAACAACUACUGGGGUUGGGGUGGAGAAGAUGAUGACCUUCGAAUCAGGGUUGAGAUGCAGAAGAUGAAAGUGGUGAGGCCGCCUGCUGAUGUGGCCAGGUACACAAUGAUCUUCCACAACCGUGACCAUGGUAACGAGGAGAAUCGAGAGAGGAUGAAGCUUCUCCGUCAGGUCUCCAGAACAUGGAAGACAGACGGCCUGAAUUCCUGUUCCUAUAAACUGCUCUCUGUGGAACACAACCCACUGUACAUCAACAUCACAGUGGACUUCAGUGUGCAGCACAAGGUCUCAUAGGGGCCAGCACCUCCCAGGUUAUAGGAAAUGGCAACAGAUCUCCUUUGUGGCUGCUGUUAGAGCAGAUGACUUCCAGCACCUGCUUGGAAGAGUCCUUCAGUAGCACAGGAGCAAAUGAAGUGCUCCUUCAGAGCAUCUCACUGGGUGGUUGAGAGUUUCCUUCUGUGAGGACUGGAGUUAUGGACUGACCCAAAGAACAGGUCCUCGUGUUCUUCUAUGCAAUUUUUGCUGGGACAUUAUAAGAUGUGUCCUUAUUUGGGCUGGUCCAAGGACUUGAACCAAGUCCUUGGAAAAAUAUCUGGUUUUGCAACUCUUUCUAAAGUUAUUUGUGGUCUCAUUAAAAGCACAAUAAUUCUUCAAGAACUACAAACUUGAUGAGAAAAGUUAAUUUUUUCUGGCCUAAGGAAAAACUGCUUAUGUGUGAGGGAAGGGCAGUAAUGGUAAUGGGUAAGGAGAUGUUAGAAAUUUCUCAAUAAAUGCAGUCCACUGAA